UGGGGUCCCGGAUACCCCGGAUGUCAUGGGCCGGGAGGGGGCGCUGUGGGCACAGGCACCUCCCCAGCCCGGAUAAUAAAAGUUCCAAAGACUCAGCGAGUGUGUGUCACUGGUGGGGCGGGACAGGUUUUGGGGAGAUUGGCGUCGCCCCCACACACACACUCGGGGACUUUCCGCUGAGGACCGGCGGGGACGCGCGGGGGCGGCGGCGAGGGUGGCCGGCUUCCCGUCUCCGCCGGGCUGCGCCGCACCCGGGAGCCAUGCGGGGCGCACAAGCCGCCCCCCUCCGGCUGCUGUUGCUGGUAGGGGCGCUGCUCCCCACGACUCGCGCCCAGGCCAGCGCGGGACCGCUGCAGUGCUUCAGAGUCGGACCCGAGGGGAACCUGAACUGCUCCUGGGAGCGUGUGGGGGACCUGGGAGGCCCCAUCGUGCUGCACCUCCAAAGCCAGAAGUACCACCGCAACAGAACCCAGCUGGUGCCGGUACCUGCGGGGCAGAGCUGGGAGACCGUUUCUCGGAAGGUGCUCACCUCGGGGGACCAGCUGCUGGUCUGGGGGACACAAGGAGGCCACCCUCUCUGGGCCCCCAUCUUCGUGGACCUGGAGACACGAGUGAAGCCCGAUGCCCCCUGGCUGUUACCCAGCGUGGACUUCUCAGAGGACGCGCCGCUGGAGGCCACCGUGCAGUGGCAGCCACCCAAAUGGCCACCCCUCAAGGCCCUGACCUGUGAGUUCCACUACCAGAGGUGCCCGGAGCAAGGCUGGCUCCCGCUGGAGCCGGACCUGAAGACUAUGCCGCUGAGCCCGGUGGAGAUGCAGGAGCUGGAGCUCACCUCUGCCUACAGCGUGCGGGGCCGCUGCAGGGUGGAGUCGGAAAGAGACCUGUGGGGCGAGUGGAGCCCGGCCCUCUCCUUCCAGACCCCGCCGGCUGCUCCUAAGGACGUGUGGGUCUCAGGGAACGCGUGCGCGACCCCAGGCAGCCGAGCCGCCCUGCUCGUGUGGAAGGCCCCAGGGCCCUGUGUGCAGGUGAGCUACCAGGUGUCGUUCUGGACUGGAGAGAAGAUGCUGAUGCAGGAGGGGGUGCCCUGCUGUUCAUGGCCUGUCCCUGCCCUGGCACACUGGGCCAGGGUGUCUGCUGAAGGUGGUGUCCCCUGGGAGCCCUCCACCAAACUCUCCUUGGUCUGCUUGGCUGCAGACUCUGUGCCCCAGGACGUGGUGGUCAGCAGCGUGGCUGGGAGCCCUGGGCUGCUGGUGAGCUGGCGACGGGGGACCCAGGAGCCCUGGGAGUACGUGGUGGCCUGGGCCCCGGAUGGAAAAGUCCCGGAGGACAUCAGCUGGACCCGGCUUCCUCCGGGGAACCUCAGUGCUGUGCUGCCAGGCAACUUCACCAGAGGGGUCCCCUACCGCAUCACGGUGACGGCGGUCUUUCCUGAGGGCCUGGCCCCCGCUCCCUCAGCCUGGGGGUUUGGAGAGGAGCUAGCACCCGUAGCAGGUCCAGCACUUUGGCGGCUCCCAGAUGACCCCCUGGGGACCCCUGCCGUGGCCUGGGGAGAGGUCUCAAGGCAAGAGCUCCGGGGCCACCUCACCCACUAUACCUGGUGUGCACAGAGCGCCUCCAGACCCUCGGUCUGUGUGAACGUGAGCAGCAGCACCCGGACUGUCACUCUGCCCAACCUCCCCGGGGGACCCUGCAAGCUGUGGGUCAUGGCGGCCACCAUCGCGGGACAGGGCCCACCGGGUCCCAGCCUCCAGUUCCACCUUCCAGGGAGUAGUUUGAGCUGGCAAGUCCUGCCCCGCGUUCUGUGCCUGUGUGCCUUGCUCGUGCUGGGCGGCUGUCUGGGCCUGGCCACCCCCGGAAGGUGCCUCCACCUGAAACAUAAGGUGUUGCCCCGUUGGGUCUUGGAGAAGGUUCCUGAUCCUGCCAACAGCCAUUCUGGCCGCCCCCACAUCGAGGUCUCACAGCCUCAGCCUCCACCCCUUGGGGAUGUGCCCAUCCUGGAGGUAGAAGAGAUGGAGCCACUGCCACCUAGGGAGCUGCCCCAGGCCUCCACCCCACUUUACUCUGGGUAUGAGAAACACUUCAUGCCCACACCAGAGGAGCUGGGCCUUCUGCGGCCGUCAAGUCCCCAAAUGCUGGCCUGAGCCUGGCCCGGCCUGGAGCUACAGAACAGGCUCCCGGAACUUAUGCAGGCUGCGCCCUCCCCUGGGUGAGCCGGCCUGACAGACAAGACACUGAGACCAAGAGAGGCUGAGCCGCCUGCCUGAGGACACCCCGUCAGGAAGAGCAGGGGCUGGGAGACCCCCCAGAGAGGGGCCCAGCCUCGGUAGGGAGUGCAUGGGUGGAUGAGUGAGUGUGCCAACGAGAAGGUGUGAUACCGAGAGGGGAGCUGUCCUCUCACAGUCUGUCCUUCUGCCGGAACAGAACUGCAUCUGGGCCCAGGCCCGCCCUCCCUUGCAGCUGGAUCAGCCGUGGGCUGAGUUCUCACGGUGGAAUGUGGGUGGAAGCGACAUGGGCCAAUGUCAGGAGCAGGUGGGCCUCAAACACUCCUGCACCACACUCUUCCUGUGAGCUGGAACAUGCACGUGCUCGUGACCCAGCUUUGACAUACGCAAGGGGACAAGCAGUGCAAAGCAGCUUGAUCCCUAAGUGACUGUAGGCCAGUGCCUGAAUCCCCGAGUGACAGCAUGGUCAAUCUGAGUCCCUGAAUGACCACAUCCAUCAGAGACACAGCUUGUCUUUUUGUACUGUAGCUUGAGAUGAUUUUGUUACAGCAACCAAACCUGUACUCUCA